AUGCGCCCGGAUGCGGGCCGUGUGCGCCCCUCACUUCGGCCGCCUGGCAUUCCCCUUCGCCCCCUUCGCCUUCCCGAACCUCCCGCUGCUGUUGUAGCCGCCGGAGCGGAACCUGCGCCGCACAACGCCGCCCUUCUUCGAGAUGACGUUCCUGUAGGCGAGCUUCCGCGGCUGCGACCGCUCCGCGCGGAGCCUCAUUGCCCGCGCCUGGUUGUACAAUUUGCUUUUCCGCUUCUUCGGCGCGAAGACGCGCCCCUGCGACUUCGCGGAGCGCCGGAGUUGGUUGUUGCUGCGGCCCAUCGCACCCGCGAGGCGCAGAGCGGCCGGCUGCUUCCCUGGCGCCCGGGCGCGGAGGAGAAGGGGAAAGAAGGGGGCGCGCAGGUGGCGGAGGCGAGGCACAAAAUGUGCGGAAGCAACAAACACAACAAAACAGUGAAACAAAAAAAAACGGACACGCUCGCAGACGCGUGCGGAAAGACGCACGCGCACUCGUGCGCGAGCCGAGCCACCACCUCCGUCGUCGUCCCGAGGACGCACAGCCGCGGCGGCUGGGGGACAACGAGGGACGCGCGCCACGCGCCUCCACAGCGGCGCAGGACCCGCCGAGGGGAACAAUGA